UUUCACCAUUGCUUGAUGACAACUGAAAUUGGACGUUGUAUAAAAACGUCGUCGCAGCACAUAGAUAUCGAUAACACUCACCACGUGGUCCAAGGUUUGUCAGUUGCUGCACUCGUGUUAGAAGGCUUGGUGGUCAUUUUACAUGCUCUUUUUAUUUGUUAUGCAGUGCAAAAAACUGGAUUUGUAAUUAUCUCCGUUUUGAUGAUAAUUAACGGCAUUCUUGCGUGCGUUCUGACAGGACUAUUUGUUUUGAAACGGCAUGACUGGUUAAAAGACACUCCGUCGCGUGUAUUGUAUCCAGUGUAUUGUUACACCAUCGCUGCAGCGGCUACCAUCUUGUUGGCCGUGGGAUUACUCAUUUAUGUAGUGAAACUGACAAACAACAACAGCAACAAUAACAACCACUAUGCAGUUCAGAUGGAAUUGCAAGAUAUUUAGGAAAUGUUCUAGAGGCGUUUUAUUAAGAAUCAUCGAGGCUCUAACUUCCAAAAU